CGGUGAUUUCCUGUAUAUGUAUUGUACAUACUCGCAGAUACCCAUCGGUAUAUAAUGCAGGGUAAGGACUAUUGGUCGACAGAGGCCUACCAGAAUGCCGCCUCGUUUGUCCCUAAGUUGGCUACCAAGAUUGUGCAAUGGCUGGAUCCGCAAAAGGACGACAUUAUACUUGACGUUGGCUGCGGAGACGGUGUGCUAGACGUUGAGAUCGGCCAGAUCCUCUCCAAGGGCAACGGCACCCUCCACGGCAUUGAUAGCUCCCCGGCCAUGAUUGCCGCAGCUCAAAAGUCCGUGGCCUCAGUCGGACUUGAGAAUACGUGCACCUUUCAACUCCUCGACGCGACGGACCUAGUCAACACCGCGUCCCUUCAAACAGGCUCCUUCACCAAAGCCUUCUCCAACGCAGCGCUGCACUGGAUCCUGCGCCCGCCGACCACGCGCGCGGCCGUCUUCCACGGGGUGCGCAACGCGCUGUGCCCGGGGGCAACCUUUGCCUUUGAGAUGGGCGGGUUUGGCAACGUGUCCGAGAUCCGGGCGGCGCUGCUCAGCGCGGUCGGCAGACGUGUGGGCCUUGCGCGCGCCGAGGAGGCAGACCCUUGGUUCUUCCCCGACGAGGAGUGGGUCAGGUACAUGAUGGAGGAGACGGUGGGCGGGUGGAAGGUGGAGCGCGUUGAGAGGGAGUGGAGGCCCACGAGGGCGGACCAGGGCGGGGUGGAAGGGUGGGUAAGGCUGAUGGCGAGUAAGUUCUUUGAGGUAAUUGAGGAUGAGAGGGAGAGGGAGGAAUGUGUGAGGGAGGUGGUGGAUGUUUUGGAGGUAGUGUGUCGCCAGCCUGAGGGAGGAUGGGUGUUUGGCUAUGUGCGCUUGAGGGUUUUGGCUAGGAAGAUUUGAGUGCAUUGUGCACAAACAUGGCCAAUCAACACCUGAAGGGGAUGCAAAAAGCCUAAGCACAGGCCAACGGGAGGUGACGUUGCUGUGGUGGGUGCCAAGACCCAAGUCUUAAAUCCCGUCUCCCAACGAUAACGAUAACAA